AUGAGGCGUCGUGAGCUAGAAUUUGUUGUCGGUGACAAGGUAUUCUUAAAAGUAUCAUCAAUGAAGGGUGUAGUGCGGUUUGGUAAAAAGGGUAAGUUGAGUCCUCAUGUUAUUGGACCUUAUGAAAUCGUGAGAAGAUUGGGGAAGGUGGCUUACGAGUUGAAGUUACCAUCCGAGAUGUCUAUGGUGCAUCCUGUGUUUCACAUUUUGAUGUUAAGGCUAUAUAAACCUGAUCCUUUUCAUUUCAUGAAUCACGAAGAGAUUGAGGUCAACGAGGGGUUGUCUUAUGAAGAAGAACCUGUGCAAAUCUUAAAUCAUCAAGUUAGGAGGUUGAGAACUAAAGAUGUAGCUUUUGUUAUAGUCUUGUGGUGA